ACUUCCAGGACUCUGUGCCCCUCCAACCCACAUUCACUUGUGAGCUCAACAACGACGCUAUUGUACAAGCAGAGAGGCUGAUCCUACUCCUACUUCUGCGGGUCCCCACUUCUCAAUAAUUAACGGAUCUCCUUCUGCACGGAAAGACAGAGCGGAGUGGGACGGACUUGGAUGUUAGUCAGGAGCCCCCGAUGCAGCACAGAGCCACAAUCUCACCAGCAAACAUUACAACAUGACUAAGAAACUAUGUGGAACCAAUUACCCAGUCAGCAUCUGCUUCAUAGUGGUGAACGAGUUCUGUGAACGCUUCUCCUACUAUGGCAUGAAAGCGGUGCUGACGCUUUACUUCCUAACCUAUCUGCACUGGGACAAGGACCUCUCCACCGCUGUCUACCAUGCCUUUAGCAGCCUCUGCUACUUCACACCCAUACUGGGAGCUCUCAUUGCUGACUCCUGGCUCGGAAAAUUCAAGACUAUCAUCUACUUGUCCAUCGUGUAUGUCAUCGGCCAUGUGGUCAAGUCGGUCGGAGCCAUUCCCUUGGUGGGAGACAGCAACAUGCACAUCGCUCUGUCCAUGGUGGGUUUGAUACUCAUUGCCUUCGGCACUGGAGGAAUCAAGCCCUGUGUGGCGGCAUUUGGAGGAGACCAGUUUGAUGAGGAGAAUGUUAGUGAGAGACAGAAAUUCUUCUCCAUUUUCUACAUGUCAAUCAAUGCUGGGAGCCUCUUGUCUACCGUGAUUACACCCAUGCUGAGAGCUGAUGUGCAGUGUUUCGGUGGUGACUGCUACGCUCUGGCCUUCGGGGUUCCUGCAGCUUUGAUGAUCGUGGCUUUAGUUGUGUUCAUUUCUGGCAGCGGCCUGUAUAAGAGAAGUCCUCCUCAGGGAAACAUCUUGUUGAAAGUCUGUAACUGCAUUGGGUUUGCCAUCAAAAAUCGCUGGAGGAGAUCGAAGAAUGAGGCUGAGAGGAAGCACUGGUUGGACUGGGCGGAGGAGAAGUACUCGAAACGUCUGAUCCAGGAAAUUAAAAUGGUUCUGCGGGUUUUGGUGCUCUACAUCCCCCUGCCGAUGUUCUGGGCUCUGUUUGAUCAGCAGGGUUCACGUUGGACACUCCAAGCCAUCGGGAUGAACAUGUCUUUUGGAGGGUCUUUCGUCGUUCAACCUGACCAGAUUCAGAUGCUGAAUGCGCUGCUGAUUCUUGUUUUCGUACCCAUCUUUGACCUCAUCAUAUAUCCGCUCGUUGCCCUUUGUGGAAUCAACGUCACACCUCUGAGGAAAAUGGCUGCAGGGAUGAUUUUUGCAGCGCUGGCCUUUGGAGCGGCCACACUGGUGGAGCUGAGCGUCAUUAAAACAGUGGUGAGUCCUGCACCUGCCGGGAAGUGUCUCCUGCAGGUAUUCAACCUGGUAGAAGGUGAUGUCACUCUGCAGUUCCCUAGCGGCACACCGUUCCCACAGCCCAUCCAAUACCGCACGGAUCCUCCUAAUUAUGUAACCAUUCCGCUGGAGGGGUCCAGCAAGGAAAUGCAUAUUACAGUCAUCCACAAUGAAGAAACAUCUGUGUGUAAACAGAUGUUUAAGCAAGAGGAGGCCUACAGUCUCAUCUUAUACAACCAGACUACAGGAAUUCAGUGCAAACUGGUACCCGACAACAUAAAGAAAAGUGGAGAUGGGAAUCCAUUUCUGAGGUUCCUCAACACACAGCCGGAGGCAAUAAACAUUACUGUUGCAGAUGAGACUUUCCACGCCAUCAGCGGUUAUAGCAUGACUCCUAACAAGACUGUGCCAUAUGGAGAAUACCAUGAGGUCAGCUGCAGCAUGGAUUCAAAGAAGUGCUCAGUUCUUGACCUGGGCCUGUUGGAUUUUGGAGCUGUCUACACUGUCAUACUCACAGAGGAAAAUGGUAAAAUUGAGCCUCACAAGAUGGUGGAUGUGAAAGCCAACAACAUAAACAUUGCUUGGCAGAUUCCUCAGUACAUCCUGAUAACUAUGGGGGAGGUCAUGUUCUCUAUUACAGGCCUGGAGUUCUCCUACUCACAGGCUCCAGCCAACAUGAAGUCAGUCCUACAAGCUGGCUGGCUGCUCACUGUUGCAUUUGGGAACAUCAUAGUGCUGAUUGUGGCAGAGGGGGCUGGACUGGAACAGUGGAAAGAGUUCGUGCUGUUUGCUGGCCUGCUAUUAGGCGUCUGCAUCAUCUUCUCCAUCAUGGCCCACUUCUACACUUAUGUUGACCCCGAGGAGGUAGACAAAAUCUACCUGAACGAUUCAGGGAAGGAGGAAAAUGACGAUGACAACAAGAAGGAAAAAACAAAUGACAUACAGUUGAAAAAACGGGUGAAGAGCACCAAACUGUAACUGUGCCACUCGUUGUAGCUGUAGCUGAUUUUUAAUUUUGCUAAAAAAGAUGGAAGUAUUGAAUGUAUUAGACAAAGACACACCAGGAGAAGGUUCCUUGUUUUAAUUCAGACUCUUUUUUUCUUUUCAUGUUUUGGUUUUGAGGUACUUUUUUGUGAGAAAAUGAACCAAUUUUCUUGGUUUGAAGUUCAGUAUUUGUUUGCCAUUAAUAUCUUUUGCCAAAUCUUUCUGAUCACUCCAGUAUAUUCUAAAAUCAAGACCAACAAGGAAAGAGAAGUCUUUUCUGAAUGAGACUGAAUACUGUUAAUACAUGAAAUACUGAAGCAAAAUACUAUGUGAUUUCCCACACCUUGAUCAACAAAUAGUGUUAUUGCAGAUGAAUGUCAAAUAUGAUAUAUAUAUAUUUGUUGAAUAUUAACUCCAUGUCAAAAUGUUAUAUUUUCUAUGAUAAUAACAUAUAUUGAUUUUGACAGAACCCUUUGGAGAAAGGGUUCAGUUUACUUUGUGUCAAUGACAAUAAUACUAAGGGACCAUAGUUACUGGUGGUUUGGCAUUUGAUAGGCCAUUACUAGAAAUCUGAAGAUAACAUUACUGCUAGCUGUUUCCCAAAGUGCACCAUAUGUUUUUUUGAUUGCUGACCUACCAUUA